GAAGAGGCUGAAGUGCUGUCUGCUGAACUUGUUUGACAUUAAGGUGGGGCUGCUUCCAGGUGGUUAACAAGUGCUUGAGCUUGACUUCUGGAACUUUGCAGUGGCAGUGACAGCUUCCUGCCGCCUUGGACUGAUUGCCCUGGGCGUGGCCAGCUUUUUCUCCUUCAGUUGAGGAAGCAGCUCUGAGCUGUCCUUGUGGCCCGACAGCCCCACCCAGUCAGAAUCCCCGUAAACUCUGAGUUAGCUGCAGUUUUCCUUUGAAGGGCAGACAGACCAAACCUUUCUGUAUCCUGUUGGAAAACAAGAUGGUCCUUAAAACUGAAGACAAGGACGUUCCUAGUGACCUUACUGCAGAAGAGCGUCAAGAGCUGGAGAACAUCCGGCGGAGAAAGCAGGAGCUGCUGGCUGACAUUCAGAGGCUAAAGGACGAGAUAGCAGAAGUUGCUAAUGAAAUUGAAAGCCUUGGAUCCACAGAGGAAAGGAAAAACAUGCAGAGGAACAAACAGGUAGCCAUGGGCAGGAAGAAAUUUAACAUGGACCCAAAAAAGGGCAUCCAGUUCUUAAUAGAGAAUGACCUGCUGAAGAACACCUGUGAAGACAUUGCCCAGUUCCUAUACAAGGGGGAAGGGCUCAACAAAACAGCCAUUGGUGACUACCUAGGGGAGAGAGAUGAGUUUAACAUCCAGGUCCUACAUGCCUUUGUGGAGCUGCAUGAGUUCACGGAUCUGAACCUCGUCCAGGCCUUGCGGCAGUUCCUGUGGAGCUUCCGGCUCCCUGGGGAGGCGCAGAAGAUUGACAGGAUGAUGGAGGCCUUUGCCCAGCGGUACUGCCAGUGCAACAGUGGGGUGUUCCAGUCCACCGAUACUUGCUACGUCCUCUCCUUUGCCAUCAUCAUGUUGAACACCAGCCUGCACAACCCCAAUGUCAAAGACAAGCCCACUGUGGAGCGGUUCAUUGGCAUGAAUCGCGGCAUCAAUGAUGGGGGUGACCUGCCUGAGGAGCUGCUCCGGAAUCUGUAUGAGAGCAUAAAAAAUGAGCCCUUUAAGAUCCCAGAAGAUGAUGGGAAUGAUCUCACUCAUACUUUCUUCAAUCCUGACCGAGAAGGCUGGCUGCUCAAACUGGGUGGCAGGGUAAAGACCUGGAAGAGACGCUGGUUCAUUCUGACUGACAACUGCCUUUACUACUUUGAAUACACCACGGAUAAAGAGCCCCGUGGAAUUAUCCCUCUAGAGAACCUGAGUAUUCGGGAGGUGGAGGACUCCAAAAAACCAAACUGCUUUGAGCUCUACAUCCCUGACAAUAAAGACCAAGUAAUCAAAGCCUGUAAGACUGAGGCCGAUGGGCGAGUGGUAGAAGGAAACCACACUGUGUACCGGAUUUCAGCCCCUACACCCGAAGAGAAGGAAGAGUGGAUUAAAUGCAUUAAAGCAGCCAUCAGCAGGGACCCUUUCUACGAGAUGCUUGCCGCACGAAAAAAGAAGGUCUCUUCCACCAAGAGACACUGAGCACACUGCCAAGGUGUCGUCCAGCUUACAGAGCUGCAGCCUUUCUCCUGCACCUCCACUAAUGAGCACUGCAGAGCAGAGGGGUCCUCGGCCAGCCCUGCCUGAGUUCUACAGACUAGCUUCAGCUUUUGCAUUUUUUUAAGGGGAGAAAGAGUGGGCAGUUGUCACUAGGAAGGGGACUGAUGCCUGCAAGCACGGGUGCUCAGCCUUUCUGUCUCCCAAGUGGAGAUCUGACACAGGGCAGCUGCACUCCUCCGCUCAGCAGGUCUGCAGCAGAGCUGGGAGAGCCCUGUUUACCUCUAGGUCACUUCCUGGCGGGGUCCUCCUCCCUGCACUGCGUACACUCCUAUGGAUACAUGAUUAUACAGUAAGAGGAGAGGUGGAAAGGAAGCAAAGCCACGUACUAUAAAGAUCUAUUUUUGUUUUCUAAAAAGAAACAGAACACAGCUGCCCUACCUGUUUGGGGACUGACUCCCUGGAUAAGGGCUCCCAGGCUGCCGCAGGCUUCUCCUGGUGGAGCGAGCCACUGCCUCCCUGGGAGUGCUGCUCAGUGGCCCAUCUGGGCGAGAGGGCUGGCACCGUGCAGCAGUGCAGGGAGGCCUCUGCAGUGGGUGGUAUGGGCAGCGCCCGCCCAAGUGCCUGCGGGGCUCCGGGAGAGGAGGGUAGGGGGCUGACUGGUCACCUCCGACAUCUUUCUCCCUCAGAACCCAGGUCUUGCUGGGCUUUAAAUAGAAAGUCAGCAUUUUCCUUGAGCUAAAUACCUAAUAACCAAAACUGUGAGGAGGUUAUCCCAAGAGGUCUGGGGUAAUCUCACUGGUUCCUAUCUGGUUUUUCUUUCUCAUCCCCAAACUCCACUCCUCGUUCUAGAGGAAGGAGGAGGUCUUACCUGAUCCCCGUGGGGCUUCAGCCUUUUCUGCCUCAAAAGGGCCCUAAGGGGGCUCCUCUGGUGCGCUGUGUGGUGGCCUCCAGGGGUCAGGGCCUGGUCUACUCAGCAGGGGCAGUGGAAUGAGAGGUCAGAUCAUGUUCUGUCCUCUCCCCUGCAGCAUGUGUGUGAGUGGGCUGCCCCUCCUGUACGGUGUGAAGGGAGCCACGAAAUGCAGCAUUCUCCUGCCGUUCUCUCAGGGACUCUCAAGGGCAGCUCCUGCCACAUGGUCAGGCAGAGCAGGUGGUGGCUGGCAUCUCAGCAUACCCGCUAUGUGUCCAGGUCAGUGCGGAGGAGCCUGGUCCUCACAGUACUGUGGACUGGCUCCUCUGACUCCAUAGGGUAGGGAGCAUCUCUGGAAAUAGCUUUGCAGAAGGGUGGGGGGCAGGGGAAGGUUGGCAUUCUGGCCCCUUCCUGUAGGUCCCUCCUGGAGUGGCUUCAAACCUUCACCCAAAGCUUGUGAAGGUGAUAGAAGCGAGUCCAGGCUGGAAACCCAAGCUUUCCAGCAGAGAACCAGGGCAGUGCCAGCCAGAGCCCCUCUAGCAGGCCCAGGCCCUCACAGUGGUUCUCACUGAUGUUUUCUAGACAGAGAGGCACCUGGAUCAGUAUUUGUGUAUUUAUCAGAGAUGUAAAUAAUCCGUGUAUAGUUUUUUCUUUUAGAUUAUUUUGUAUUUGUUUUAAAGAAAUUUUGUCAAAAUACAGAAUAUAAAGAAAUGAC